AUGCCCGGUAUGUUCGCGCAGCGUACUGCUUUGCCGCGCGCAAAUGUAUUGGUUCUCGCGCUCAUGAACCUGCCCCUCUUACGCGCUCUCGCUCUACCGUUUGCCUCAUCAGCGGCUGUGACGAUCGUCGCUCGAGGUGAGGAUGGGAAGGAUCCCGAAGAUGCGAGUUUGUGGCUUUACCUAGGAAUAGCUAUGGUGCUUGUCCUUCUAGGUGGUCUGUUCGCUGGCUUGACCAUUGCACUUAUGGGACAGGAUGAAAUCAACUUGGAAGUCAUUCAGUCAUCAGGUGAUGGCAAGGAGAGAAUUCAUGCUGCUAAAGUCCUGCGGUUGUUAAAAAGAGGGAAACAUUGGGUUUUGGUCACACUUUUAUUGAGCAAUGUCAUCACUAACGAAACUCUGCCUAUCGUGCUCGAUCGAUCUCUAGGAGGAGGAUGGCCUGCCGUCGUGAGCAGUACUGUAUUGAUUGUUAUUUUUGGAGAGGUGAUCCCUCAGUCCAUCUGUGUCCGCUACGGCCUUCCCAUCGGUGCAUAUCUCUCACCAGCCGUGCUCGUACUAAUGUACAUCAUGAGUCCCAUCGCCUGGCCCACGGCCAAACUCCUAGAUUACCUCCUGGGCCAAGACCACGGGACCGUGUACAAGAAAGCUGGUCUGAAGACCCUCGUCACGCUGCACCAGUCCAUGGGCAAAUCCCCGCAUGAGCGCUUGAACGAGGACGAGGUCACCAUCAUCACUGCUGUGCUAGACCUGAAAGCCAAGACCGUCGGUAGCAUCAUGACCCCCAUCGACGACGUCUACACCAUGUCCAGCGAAACGGUCCUCGACGAGAAAACCGUCGACGGGAUCCUCGCCGCGGGGUACUCGCGAAUCCCUAUCCACACGCCGGAGAGUUCACAUAAUUUCAUCGGCAUGCUGCUUGUGAGGACGCUGAUUACUUAUGAUCCGGAAGAUGCACAGAAGGUGUCUGAUUUGGCGUUGGCGACGUUGCCCGAGACGGGCCCCGAUACCAGUUGUUUGGAUAUCAUCAAUUUUUUCCAAGAAGGGAAGUCGCAUAUGGUGUUGGUAUCCGAGUCACCGGGUGAGAACUAUGGUGCUAUUGGAGUGCUGACGUUGGAGGACGUGAUUGAAGAGUUGAUUGGAGAAGAAAUAAUCGACGAAUCAGACGUCUUCAUAGACGUCAGCAAAUCCAUCAAGCGCACCUCCGGCAUCGUGGGAGGCGGCCCCUCGGAAGCAAUAAUCAUCGCCACCAAAGACCUCGCCACGCCGCCGCCCCCCGAGGACGGAAAACCAGAGCGCCAGCCAAUCCUCCGUCGACGCUCCACGGCACUGAGUGCGAAAGCCGCCGCUGGGCCGAAGCCCAAACAUCUCGGCCCAUCGAAUCUGGCUAGCAGACCUGCGCAGACACGGUAUAACACGAUUAAAAUCAAACCCGGCAAAGGCACAUUCGACGAAGUGACCAAGAACGCAGAGAAUGGUGCACGGCAUCAAGUCGGUCACGGAGGUGGUGCUUUGAGUAGUUCGCCCACGCAGGUAAAGACGGGGAGUAAUGCUGCGUCUGGAGAGGAGGCGGAAGUGGAAGUGGAAGUAGAUGAGACGGCCCCGCUGUUGAAUGGUGGGAAGAAGAAGACGUGA